AUGUCCUUGCGCAUAGAAAAAUCGUCGGGCCUCUACCCUGGCGAUGGAAACUUCUCAUCACCGCACUCAAAACUCAAUCGUCCAGUUGUACGACUCCAAACGCAACCACAGGCGUCUACAUUGAUCCUUACCCAGGCAACGAAUUUUUACCAGGGCCUGGAGAUGAACUCGGGGUCAGCGUUCAACACCAUCCAGGCUAUGAUGCUGCUGUUGGCCGCCGAUGCCACGGUCUCAUCCGGCAUCGCCCACAUCGACCUUGUGCCACAGCUCUGGCUCUCUGCCACCGCCAAGCUAGCAGACGCCAAAUUGUUCGGCUACCUCCAGGCUGAGAAUCCCAACCUUCGCAUUAUCAACGUCCAGCCCGGCGUCGUGACCCGCGAGCUGAACUCCGGCAGUGGGUUUCAGGGGCAAGAUGAAGUCGAACUUCCUGCUCAAUUUCACCUCUGGCUUGCGUCGCCAGAAGCCGGCUUCCUCAAGGGCAAGUUUGUUUGGGUCAAUUGGGACGUGGAUGAACUCAAGGCUCGAGCGGACGAAAUCAAGAACUCUCGUCUCUUGAAAGUAUUGUUGAACCGCGUACCAAUGUAA